AUGUCGGGGCUCCUCCAGAAGGCCACGGCGUUGGCAGGGCAGGUCGCCAAGGCCGCAGAGCCCGUGACCUCGCGGGUGGUGUCCACGUACAAGUCGGCCCUGGCCAGCAACCAGCAGUACAUCGUGCGGGAUGCGGCGGAGCUGUCCAAGGUCAACAAGACCUUCUUCUACAGCAACUUGGCCAGGUUCGACGGGAUGAGCGGUGAGAUCAACAAGGAGGUGGACGUCCUGAAGAAAAUGUGGGCGAACCGCACCGAGCACUCCAUGGCCGAGGCGGGCGUUGUCGGGCUGUUCGCGCUCGAAACGUACGGUCUGUACAAGGUGGGGGAGAUGGUCGGGCGUGGCAGCAUCACCGGGUACCACUUGCCGUGA